AUGGCUAUUGCUGGUGGUGCUGUGAUUGUGAGACCCUUGAAUCUUGAUGAAGGCUAUAAUUCACCACCAGAGAGUAACAAGGAACUUGCAGUUGGCAACAUUGUGAGGCGUGUUCUACACAUCAUUAGGGAGGAAAAUGUUUCUCUAGCUACGGACGCCAUUGGUAGGUUGGGCGUAUCUGCUGAUAGUGAUGAUGAAGAUGAUGAUGAGCGUGGUGAUUUUCCGGUACUAUCUGCGGCAGCAGUUGCUGCUGCUGCCAGAAGUACUUUGCGUCCACCUUCUUUGCAUGCCCUUCUCGAGGAUAUGCCUGAUUCAGGAGCUGCUCAUCACACUUCUUCUUCAGGAGAUUCUGAAGGAAAAAGCAAAUCUGCUGAUAAAAGUUCAAGGAGCCGAAAGCUAAAACAUGAUGUUAUUGAGGCUGUUAAUGAACUCAUUGAGGACAUUGACACCUGCCAUGAUCAGAUUGCUGAACAAGCAGUGGAGCAUAUACAUCAUAAUGAGGUAAUUUUAACUUUGGGUAGCUCAAGAACAGUGAUUGAGUUCCUUUGUGCUGCAAAAGAGAAACAGCGGUCAUUCCGGGUAUUUGUUGCAGAAGGUGGUCCAAGGUAUCAAGGACAUUCUCUUGCAAAAGAGUUGGUAGCAAGAGGUUUACAAACAACUGUCAUUACCGAUUCUGCAGUUUUUGCCAUGAUUUCUCGAGUGAAUAUGGUAAUUGUUGGAGCACAUGCUAUUAUGGCCAAUGGUGGGGUGGUGGCACCUGUUGGGUUGAAUAUGGUUGCACUUGCUGCAAAAAAGCAUGCAGUCCCAUUUGUUGUGGUUGCUGGCAGUCAUAAGUUAUGCCCAUUAUAUCCACACAAUCCGGAGGUCCUGCUAAAUGACUUGAGAUCACCAUCUGAAUUGCUAGACUUUGGGGAGUUCUCAGAUUGCAUGGACUUUGGAUGUGCUGGUGGUGCUCCACUUCUACAUGUUGUCAAUCCUGCAUUUGAUUAUGUGCCUCCAAACCUUGUUAGUCUUUUUAUCACUGACACAGGAGGGCAUCCCCCUUCAUAUAUGUACCGGCUCAUUGCAGAUUACUACUCUGCCGAUGAUUUUGUUGUGCAAAAGCGGCCAGCCUCUGGAAAUUGAAGCCAGCUUUAAAUCUUAGCAUAUGCUGAGUCCCCAUAGAAAAGCUUCUGUAGGAGAAACAAGGGACUGAAGGAUUUUAAGAAAGUUUCAGUGUGCUGCAGGGUUGGCUAUGUACCCGAGGAAAAAAGGAUGAGAUGCAUGUGAUACUGGUGAUAGGUAUCCCGGGGUCUCUAGACUUCUCACAUCAAAGGAAAUGCAUUUAUUUUUGCUGACAGUUCACAUCUAUCAGUGAAAUUUUGAGAAACAGUUGGUCACUUUGGGGUUGUUCCUUUGCCAACUCACGGCCUUCUAUUACCAUUUUUUGAUAGUACACAGUGUACACACACACAAAAGGGGGCACAUCCCCUGCGCUCUUCUGCACAAUAGUUUGUGUAUACACUUUUUACAGGCUCUUGUCGAGCUCCAUAGUCCUGACUCCUGACUGCACUACAUAGGGUUUGGAAAGCAGUCAAGAUAUAACUAGGAUAUGGUGCUUUGUUGCAGAUCCCACUGCUUAUAGGCUACGUUAGGUGAUGAUGCCAGGCAAUAGUGCCCAUGGUAAUGGCGCAAUUUUAAUAGAAUCUUCAAUCGUCAUUGAACCAUAAAUGUUGACAUGCAAUCCCAGGGUUGUUACCCUUCUUACUUUUGUCAAAAUAUGCACAUAUUUAUUUGAUCCA